CAGGUGGAGCAUGGGUGAGCAGCAGGGGGCGACCACACACUGGGAACUGAGUGAUGCAGAGAGAAGAAGAAUGGUCUGCAAAGUCAAUCUGAAAGCCCCACAUGAAUGUGUUACUAUCUGUUAUGUCCAAUUAGGUCGAAUGUCAUGAUCCGUGCUGCAUUGACAAAAUUUCAGAACAAAUGGAGGAACUACCGACACAGAUUUGUUCCCUGGAUUGCGCUCAAUCUCCGCAGAAACGAGGGGUCUCUUCGGCAUGUCACAAAAAGUAUUCAAGACAAGCCCAUCCACGAUGAGGUGGUCUCUGAGACUCUGCUGAAACUCUUUGGGGCGCUGCUGGAAAGAGACGGAGCAGAUGGGAAACAGAGCCUGAAAGAGACUCGUCUAAGACCAAAAGUAGUCCAGACCAAAAGUAAUGAUGCCAGGGAGAUGCACGAAGAAGGGCGGAUGGCUGAGAGUGAUGAUUUGAUAUUUCAAAGCAUGGGUUUCUGCAUCCACCGUAGACCCAGCUCGGUCCCCCUGGCUGGAGUCGGGGUCUUCAUCACCAAAGGAUGGGUUCCCAAGGGGACGGUCGUGGCCAUGUAUCCAGGCACGGUCUAUGAGGCUUACGAGCCCAUUUUCUUCCAGUCGCUCAGAAACCCUUUUGUGUUUCGAUGCAUCGACGGCGUUCUGGUGGAUGGUAACGAUAAGGGGAUUUCAAAACUGGUGUACAAGUCAUGCAGCAGAAGAGACAUGCUGGGCCCGUACAGGUUAAGUGAUUUCAGUUGGCUGACCAAUCCAAAGAACCCACUGGCUAUUGGCCAAUACGUCAACAAUUGCAACGACUCUCCUGCGAAUGUCUGCUACCAGGAGUAUGAUGUCCCUAGAGUGUUUCCUCUUGAACUUCAUCAGUAUCUUCCAAAUGUGAAGUACAGUCAUGAAACACAGAGGCCUAUAAGAUGCAUCGUCCUUGUAUCUCUUAGAGAUAUCAGUCCUGGUGAAGAGCUCUUCUCUAACUAUUACACCAUCGUGGAAUCGUAGUCAAACUGAUUCACUUGGACAUAAGUUCAACUACCUGUAUUUAUAAUAAACAAAUACAAUUACUGCCCACAAGAGGGCAGCACCUCAAGUCCUCCAUUGCACUUUAGGCCUUUGUCCAGGAAUGACGGGAGGAACAAUGCUCGAUACUGACUAUCUAAAAAAUUUGCUUUUAUAUAUAUUUUCGUAUUUCUGAAUAUAUUUUAGGUAUGUAAUGACAGCAGAAAUACAACAAAAGUAAUACAUUUGUUAUUUGUAUGGUUGUGUUCCAAGACAAAAAACACAUUGACACACUUAUUAACUGAAAAGAAUGACAGGCAACAAUUUACAAAGAUACUUAAUAUAUUUAAGGUUAUUUAAUCAGAGAGAAACAUACAUUUUCAUCAAGUUAAAACAAACAAAACUUAAUUUAAACCAGUCGUUUGUGGACUUUUUCUAAAUCUUCAUCUCCAGAGACGGCUCUCCUGGUUCCAACACUAAACACAUAGUAUGACAACAUGUCAAAAUAUUCAACAAGCAACAUCUUCUGUUUCAUCAUCUUCCUUCAAAGUCAUCCUAAUUAAUUAUCUGUGGUUUAAAUAGUCAUUCCAAGUAGGCCUGCUAAAGACGGAGUCAUGUGUAAAAUGUACAUUUAAAUGGGAAGCGUAAGGUCUGGUAGCGCGUGGCAUGAACCCAGCCAGGGUUUGGGCUUUGAUUCCCACUGGGACCACCCAUACUAAGAAUUUCUCCACUCAAUAUUAUUAUAUAAAUGCGUCCACCAAGUGGUAUUAUGACAUUUACAAUGUUUUUUCUAACAUGUUCUGCUAACACAUUAAUGUGGUACAGUUCAUACUCACUGAACCCUUUCCUGUUGACCCUUUCAGAUAUUUCCUCAUACAGUGUGAAUAUAUAUUAUUUUUAGGUAAAAGUUUAUAAGUCUUUUAAUGUUUGGCAGUUUGCGGGAAUCUUUCUCAUGGAAUUCAAUUUGUCAACAUAAAAAACAGUCAUGAACAAUA